AUGCUGUCUCCGACAAGGAGGCCGCGCCGCAGCGUCAGCCGGCCCUCCAUCAACGACGAGAAUGCCUCACCCUUCCCUUACUCCUUGGAUGUCUCCGUCUCGAUGCAGCCUUCCGAGCCCCCAUCGUCACCACUCAUCUCCAACAGCGUCCUCUACAACCUUCCCGAUCCCACCAUCGGUCUGCCCGCCUCGUCGAGACUCGUAGACCUCCCCUUCCUCCCGAGCCCCUUCAAGCGUUCUGCCAUCGCACCCCUCAACAAGCCGCUUUCGAUCGAGCAGACCCAGCAACUUGGAUCCAUCAAGCCACGCUCUUCCUCUUCCGCUUCCCUUCAGCCCUCAUCACAGGCCAAUUUGAACGCACCGGGUGGUCUUCCGACGCCACCCAAUUCAGGUGAAGCGCUCAUUGCCACGCCAGGGCCGUCCAGCCGCGCACUGGCUUCCCUCCCUCGUGAGCCCGUCUCGCCGUCGCCCACCCGCUCCCGCAAUGUCCGUCCCUCUCCAGCCCGCACGCCGGGAUCCAGGUCAUCGCGUGCGCCUUCGACUCCUCUCCGCAGCCAGCGCGGUACUCCCCACCGUCGCCUCACUUCCAACAACCAGGACGGCAGCGAAGAUGAUGACCUCAACGAUGCUCGCAACACACGCACGCCCAGCCGCAUGCAGCCACUCAGAGAGGUCGCCGAAGACUCGGACGACGAAGAGCCCGAGCAGGAGGACGAGAUCCAGCUCAUCAGCUUCAGACGCGGCGGACCGGACGCAACCUUUGUGCGCGAGAUCAAGGAAAACGGUUGGGAUCAGCCCAUGCCGCCGAGCCCCAUCAAGUUCACCUAUCUCGAGCCUGUAGCUCCUCGUCCACGUCAAUCCUCCGCAGCACUACGCGCGCGAUCCCAGUCGCGCUCCAAGACGCCCCAGAUCCGUGCCUCGCCAGCACCCAGCCAUGCCUCCUCCUCGAGGAGCUCGCGUGCUUCUCGAUCGGUUCGUGCCCCCUCAGCGACGCUUGCGGAUCAGUCGGCAGACGCAUCCGACGAAUCCAUCAAGAGCUCCGGCUCGGUCCUCACCAACCUCAGCCGUCUCUCCCAGACCACGGCAGCCAGAGCAUCGCGUCGCAAGUCGGUCGCCCGCUCUUCCAUCCCCCCUCCCGUGCCCACCGCCGAUCUCACGCGAGACCACCCGUCCCUGCCCGACUCGCCGGGUGAUGAUCCUCUUCUCAUGACCGGCCCCAACACAUACAUCCUCUACCACAAUCAGACUCCCAUCGCAAAACAUCGAGGCGCUCCACCACCUUCUGGCGGCCUGGUCCAGCCUUCGGAUCGCGAUGACCCGUCCAUGGCGCUGUCCACGCCUAUCGAACCUGCUUCGUCACACCGAGACAGGUCUUCUUCUGCCGCGUCGAGCGACCGCACAUCGCUCUACUCCCGCAUGUCUGGACGUCCUGCGGGCGACACCUCGAUUCAAGUCGCUAACGAUGACGACGACGAGAACCACAUCGCUGCGGAUCUCAGCAUACAUGCUGCAGGAGCUCCCCUCAGCGAUGCAGACGAACAAAGCCACGCUGGCUUUAUGGCGCAUGACGAUGCUGGAUUUGAUUCCGACUCGGAUCAAGGCGACUUCGACGCAAUGCAAGCUCACAACACCUCUGCAAUGCUGCCACACGAAGAAGCCGACGGAGAAGACGAGAGCAUCGACGUACGCGGUGACAUCUCGUCCAUGAGCGACGUCUCGCGCAGCUUUGCCGACGAAUCGGCUGCAGAUGUGCACGGCGACAUCACCACCGCGCUCCACGAGCAAGAUCUUGCUGCAGACGCUUCAGCCAGCUCAGAGCAACUUUCGGACGUCAAUACGGACCAUGUUGAUGAUGAUGCAGAUGAUUCCUCCAGGCCAGAGGAUGCGGACACCAGCAUCAUGGCAGCCGACCUGAGCGUCGCCAUCGAGGAGGACGACAAUGCGCGUUCGGCAGAAACCUCCUUCGACGAGCAAGAUGUCAGCAUCGCAGCUCCUGACCUGAGUACCUCCGUCGAGGAAGCGGUCGAUGUCCAGUCUGCCGAGCGGUCUCAAGACGAACAAAGAGCCAAUGCUGAUGCCUCGCAGAGCAUUGUCCGAAACGCCUCGACAGACGGCAACAUCGAUGCUUUGGCAGACGCCAGCACAGACUCCAACGACGCAGCAGACGAGUCGCUCGUCCGCGACGACGCGCUCGCCUCGGUCGAGGCCUCUUUUGACGAAAGCCGUCUCGAAGAUGCAGAGGAUGGGGUCACGGCCGAUUCCGAGCAUGUCUCAAAGAGCGUGGCGACCGACGUCACUUUUGACGUGUCUUUGGUCUCUGAUGCGAGUGCGCGCUACGCGCUGUUCCCCACACACAUCGACAGCGCCCUUCUUCCAACUCCCUACGUCCUCAUCCCCAGUCUUGCGGACAACGGCCAAGUUUCAUCCACGGCGGACCUCAGCUCACUCGACACAUCUGCGCAUCAGCACGGCGAUGGCGACGUUUCCAUGGAUGCUCCCGAGAGCGAGGCAGUCUCGCAAGCCGACAUCAGCGUGUCUGUCAUGCAGGAAGAUACCGCUGAUGGCAGCCUCUCGUCGGAGCUCUCGUCGGCUUCCCUUCAAAGCGCGCAUGUCCAAGAGCAAGAUGACGAGUCGUUCCGACGCAAGUACCAAGCCAGGUCGGACUCCACACCAGAGCCCAGCAUGGCUCGCGCUCGUCGUCUCUCCCUCAGCACCGACCCGGAGAGUGCAAGUGACGCCGAGGAAGACAUCACCGACGACGACCAAGAGGAGGAUGACGAAAUGGAGGAAGCAAAUGACGCGAAUGAGAGCUCCCACCACUCAUCCCUCUCACGCGACCUUGGUGCCCGCAGCUUCGAGAGCACCAACGCCCAAGAGCACGACGAAAGUGGCGACGAGCAAGGCAGCGAGCAAGACGAGCUUUCGGCCUCUAACGAAUCGGAGUUGAGCGACGAUGAUGCAUCGAGCCUCGACGACAGCAGCGUAGACGAAGAGGACGAUGACGAUGAUGACGACGCAGAAGAAGAGCAAGCGAGUGAACAUGGAGCCGAGCGCGACGUGGACGAGGAAGAGCAGGACGAGAAUGACGAUGCUUCUUCGACGCACUCGCGCGUGGACGACGACGAAAGCGAGCAGCUGGACUCGGUGGUCAUCCUUUCAUCCUCGGCUUCUCCUUCCGUAUCGGCCAGCCAUCUGAUCGCGCCACGCGACGACGAUGCCGAGGCCGAAAAUAAUAGCUACGUGGUGAGCGUUGUGCGCGACUCUCGGGACCGCACGCGUCGUGCGAGCGAGCACAGCAUGAUCGACGACGAGCCGCACAUCCACACGCUUCAUCUUCGACAGCCCGUCACGUCGGCCGAUGCAACGGGCAGCACCAUGGCGGAUGCCUCGCACUCGCGCAGCCGCGUGCUCAAGCUCGGCCAGGCCACGUCGACGCCGAUUGUCGAGAUUUCGUCGCUCGACCCCCGUGCGGCCGCACGCGCCACGGCCAUCCUCAAGCUCUUCCACAAGUACGUCGACGAGGGCUGGAUCUCGGCCGGCGACAUGGACGCGACGGGCGCGAGCAGCGCUACGGGCGAGCGCAUGCGCCGAGUCGUCGAUGCCAUUCGCCGCGCAGACACACACGGCCGUCUGGAAGACGCCUCUGCUCUGCAACACAGCCUCGAGCGCGCGGAUGGCACGACGAGUGCAGCGGCCGAUCUGACGACUCUGCUCAUGGAUGCCGAGCUCGCUCUUGCACGCCAGGGCAGCGCGGAUACCGAGAGCCUGCUCGGCUCGCGAGCCGCGAGUGUCGUCUCUACACGUCGACUGCCGACCGCAUCGCCUGCCACGCCUUUCCUGCCCGGCGGCUUCCGUGCGACGCCUGCUGCAUCCAACACACGCAUCGACGACACCGCUUCGCCCUCGCCGGCGGCGGCGCCGCGCUCGCGUGCAAACGACUCGACGAUCGCCAGCGCCACUGUGUCGUUCCCUGGCCUGUCGACGCCGGACCGUCGACGCCGCAGCACGGCCAAGCAGGCGCGCCUCUCACAGGCGCUCGCGGCCCCUGCGCCCGACAGCUUCGACGCGCGCGUGUGGGACACGCAGGACUGGGUGCGCCUCGACAAGUACUUUGCGCUCGGCGUGCAGAAGAUCUCGUCUCGCCUGCUCUCAUCUACCUCUGCUGAUGCAGGGGCUGAUAAGAUGCUCCGUGCGAGGUGCUACAUGGACGCGCUGUUCGACACCGACGUGGGCGAGGUGGCUUGGCUCUUCCUUGCGGAGAUGCACAUCGCGCACGCUAAUCAGGUCGGCGAGUGGACGCACACCAAGCUCACGCACCGGCUCGAGGCGCUUCGACGCAAGUACGCGCGCAAGAUCCACAGGCGCUAUCCGGAUGCGCUCCAGGACGCGCGUGCGCUGGGUGAGACGGGUGCAAACGAUAGUCUGGCCACCGAGGACCUGGACUGGAGUGUGGAUACGACAGCGCAGGGGCCUGUAGAGGCACGCAGUGGGGUGCAGGCGGCCAAGGGGCGUGUGUCGUUUGGCACGCCGUACCGUAUGGGUGCACAUAGCACGCCGGCGGUGGGACUGCUCAAGAAGGCGACACGCCGUGCGGCGCGCGAUGCGAUGCAACGGUCCGAGCCGGUCUACCCUGCGCUUCCCGACCACGAGGCCGGCAAUGCAGACGCGACCGAGGCGGAGGCGGAGGCGGAGGAGGGGGUCAUGACGCGUGCCUCGCGCCUCAUCUCGCGCCUCAGCGGCGGGUUUGGCGGUCUGCUUUCCAGCCCGCGCCCCGAGGCUCCUCGUCCGGACAAGGGUAAACGCAAAGCCACCGAGGCCGAACUCUCCCCUGCGCGCGUCCGCCGUCGCGUCGAGGCGGAUGUGAGCGAGGACAGCGCGUCGGCGAGCUCAGGCGAUUCGUACGUCGAGUCGUUCCUCAGCACCGUCCCGGCCGUUCACCGCGGGCUGACGACCACGAUCAAUGCGUCGAUGCUGACGAACGCUACGUCGGUCCGACCCGACGCCUCUGUGCGCAGUCGCAAGCGCACCACACUUGGUGUUGGGUCGCAGAGUCUGCUUGCACCUGCAUCCGUGAUUGCCUCUGCGCGCGCCGGGGGUACGGGUUGGGGUAGCAGCCGUCAGCUCUCAGGCGGAUCUUCCGGAGUCUCACACACGCCACUGUCUCUGCUUUCGCCCGCCACACACCGAGCUGCAGCCAAGAAGGUGGAUGAGCUGCGUCAGAGUCGUGCGCAGCGCAACUGGACGAGUCCGCGCCGUGCGCGACUGCACCGACCCACCACCCUCGGCACUGGUGCUGGCGACAUUUCGAGCUCCAGCAGUGGUCGCGAUGGUAGUGCGAGGUAG